AUGAAAGCCUGGGGCACUGUGGUAGUGACCCUGACCAUGCUCAUUAUUGCCACUGUGGAUGCCAAGAUCUAUGAACGCUGCGACCUGGCAAUGAAGCUAGAGAAGGCAGGCCUCAAUGGCUUCCAAGGCUACAGCAUUGGAGACUGGGUGUGCCUGGCACAUUAUGUGAGUGGCUUUGACACCUCCGUCGUGGACCACAAUCUUGAUGGCAGCAACCAAUAUGGCAUUUUCCAGCUGAAUUCGGCCUGGUGGUGUGACAAUGGUGUUACACCCACCAAGAACCUUUGUCACAUCGAGUGUCAGGACCUUCUCAACCGCCAUAUUCUGGAUGACAUCAUGUGUGCCAAGAAGGUUGUGUCCUCACGGGGCGGAAUGAAUGCCUGGGAUUCCUGGACCAAGUACUGUCAUGGUCAUGAUUUAUCUGAAUGGCUCAAGGGUUGUGAUAUGCAUGCAAAACCGAACACAAAGAGAAAGACUUCGUGAUUCAUUCCCAGAGAAAGAGAUUUUCUUUCGUUUGUGGAUUUAAUAAAGAAUGGUACUU